GCGACGCGGUGCGGCGCAUCGGCGCUCUCCCGAGAUUAACCUGCGUAUAUAUAUCGCACGUACGCACGCAUCUUUCUCACGUGUUUUGCUUCUCCCCGCAAACGAGGACGCACACGAGCCGCGGCGUCCGCGGCGCAUCACGUCGAUGCGUUCCGACGUGAAUCGUCGACGACGCGCGACGAAGACGACUACGACGACGUGGUUACCGUCAUGUGCGAGGCGCUUGGAUGACAGUGGCAGAACGGCAGCUCGGCGUGAGUCUUUGUUGGCGCACGGCGGACUCUUGGCACGAGGAAUCGCGACGGCUGUGUGACUACGGUGGUGUGAGUGCAACGUGAUUUCGGGAAAUUUAAUGUCCCGCGACGUCGGGAGAAGGGAGAGAUCAUCGAGAAACCGAGCAAAGCCGGGGACAAGGUGAAAGUGAGAGUCUCAGUUGCGGCGCCGCGAACGGUGCAUAACCUAAAAAUAAAGUCUCGCUCGCUUGUUCUUUCUCUCUCUGUUUCUCUCAUUCCGUUGCGUCCGUCGCGAUCGCGCGCGUAUCGUCCGUCUGGUGCGGGUCGUACACUCGCGUUUAAGGUCCGUCCUUUUUGCGGCGCGUAACAUUCUCCGCGCUUUCGCUCUCCCCCCGGAGAGCGCGUCCACAUGUCGACAUGAUCGUGCCGGGGCGAUCGCGGGUGUGCUCGUUGGACGGCGAAUGAUUUCGCAAAAUAACCGGCAGCAGCACGAGCAGCGCGUGGAAAAUAUGGAGACGUCGGGCAGCGAGACGGGGAGCGAGCAGACCGCUCCGGACAGCACGGUGCCGCGGAAAUCCUGGUUUGAGCUGCGCGCCGUCGUCAACGAUCUCAGGAGGAAGCUGUCCGGCGUGUCGGCCGGAUCUGUGCCCGGGUCCAUAACUUUCCGAUCCCUUCCGGACGGCCGGACUAGAAUCUAUUUCCUUAGCACGCCAAGCAAUGGGUGGGAGACCACUCUACUCUAUGUGGACAUCGCACACGCGGACCACGCCAACGGUUACCGCCUGCAUUGGCAGCCCGUUAUAGAAGCAAACUUUCAGAGUGUGUCAAGCACAAAUAGACUGUCAAAGGAGGAGCAGCUAUUAUGGGAGAGGAAGAGACUCGCCACAUGGGGCAUAACCAGCUAUGAGAUCCAUGCGGAGAGCGGAAAGCUGGUUUUUCCAGCUGCCAGCAGUCUUUAUCAGUGUGUGGAUACUGGAUUUAUGCCUGGACCUCUUUUCCCAUCGGAGAUCAGGAUGUCAAACACCGGUGCAAAGCUGUGUCCUCAGAUCUGUCCCUGGAAUAACGCUUUGAUUGCUCACACAUGUUCAGGAGAUCUGUACUUGUCUCACAGUAUCACAGGUUCCUCAGUUCGAUUAACACACGCUAGAAAAGGAGGCAGGAGUCUCACGGACGAUCCACUUACCGCCGGAACUCCCUCCUACGUUAUGCAGGAGGAAUUCACAAGGUACACCGGCUAUUGGUGGCAGCCGAAGCCUAUGUACGAUGGUGUCUAUAGGAUAGUAUACGAGGAAGUGGACGAGAGCGACGUUAAGAUGUAUUGCUUCCCCUCGUCGUCGAAUUCCGACGAGGUGGACGAGUUUCGAUUCCCCAGAGCCGGCAUGCCAAACGCCAGAAGUAACUUGAAGAUGGUGCAAUUCCGGCUGACGGAGUCGUUGCAGAUUGUCGACGUGGAGAUCCUGGAGCUUCAGUAUCCUCUUCACAUCAUGUUCCCCUGGAUGGAAUACAUGGUGAGGGUCGGUUGGACGCCGGAUGCUCAAUACGUCUGGGUGCAACUGUUGGAUAGGAAGCAACAGAAGCUCGAGCUGGUUUUAUUAUCGAUAGACAACUUCUGCGAGCCGCCGCCGAACACGUACAACACGGAGAACCAUUUCACGCCCACGUCGGCGAGCGUUCAGGUGAUAUACUCGGAGCAGAGUCCGAUUUGGAUCAACGUGAACGACCUGUUGUACUUCCUCAAGUCCGACGACGCGAACGAGGUGAAGUUUAUCUGGGGCAGCGAAGAGUCCGAGUUUCGACACUUGUAUCUCAUAACGUCCAGUAUAGCAGGCCUGAGCAAUGGCGUGGAAGAGCCUUUGGAUAGAAUGGAUAGUGUAUAUCUUCGGCCGCGUAUCACUUCCAAAGUGGCCCUGACGCAGGGCGACUGGGAAGUGCUGGGGAAGAAGAUAUGGGUGGACGAAGUGAAUUCCAUCGUCUACUUCUGCGGACUGCGGGAAGGGCCGUUGGAGCAACAUGUUUAUGCCGUUUCGCUGCGACGGCCGUUGGAGAUACGGCUCUUAACGCGGCCUGGCUACAGUUACAAUAAUAUAUAUUUUAACAAGGAGUGCACGAUGUUGGUCACCGUUUAUAGUUCCAUUAAAACCUUGCCUACUUGCCAAGUAUUCAAAAUAUCGCAAACCGACUGGACAGUAGAGAGUAUAUCGCUCACGCCUGUAGGUUAUCUCUUAGAGCCAUCAGCGCCCGAAUCCGAGUUGUUUGCGCCAGAAAUUUUCACGCAUAAAAUUAAGUCAGGGGACACUAUCUACUCGAUGAUAUUCAAGCCACAUAAUUUUCAACCCGGGGUCAAAUACCCCACGAUAUUGAACGUUUAUGGGGGGCCUGAAGUACAACUUGUAUCAAAUACGUUUAAAGUAAGUGAACUCCAAAUACCGCAGAGCAUAAAUAUUAAUAAACACCUUUAUUUAAAUUGGAAUUUUAAUCCUCCGCAGGGCUUAAGACAUUUACGAAUGCACAUGCUUGCUGCUCAAGGCUAUUGCGUAGUUUUAAUUGACUCUCGCGGGUCGCAGCAUAGAGGUCUAAUAUUCGAGAGCCACCUACGACGUAGAAUGGGCACGGUAGAGCUGAACGAUCAGGUCGAAGUAUUAAGGUGGUUGGCGGAGACCACAGGAUACAUAGAUCUCAAUCGAGUAGCUCUGCACGGCUGGUCUUACGGUGGAUAUUUGAGCUUAAUGGGCUUGAUACAAUAUCCCGACGUGUUCAAGCUGGCCAUUGCUGGCGCUCCGGUUACCUCGUGGAACUUUUACGACACCGGAUAUACUGAGCGUUACAUGGAUCUGCCGCAGAACAAUCCGCACGGUUAUAUGGCCGGAUCGGUGCUGACAUAUGUAAACAAGUUUCCGGACGAAGAAAGUCGAUUGUUGAUUAUUCACGGUCUCAUAGAUGAGAAUGUACAUUUCUACCACACCAGCCAACUGAUUAACGCGCUCGUGAAGAUCGGUAAACCGUAUCAGCUGCAGGUUUACCCUAACGAGAGGCACAGUUUGAGGAGUCUAGACGCCAGCAAACAUUAUGAGACGACCUUGCUGUCCUUCUUGCAGCAUCACUUAUGAACUUAUAUUCUUUCUUUUUUUUUUUUUUUUACUAUUGUUCAAUAGUUCAGUGGUAGGAGGAUCUUGGUCGGUCGACGCAAGAUCUUGCGAAUUUUUAGCAACUGCCAUUAAUUUAUGUACACACAGGAAACUUACGGAAAAAACGUACUUUCAGACGAUCAGGUAUUAGUUUCUGUACAAACACGUGCCUCUGUCGGGCUAUUAAGAUAGUAUUACGUUUUCAAUGUAAAGUAUUCGCAGCAGCACAACGUGGAUUACCGAUAUACACGUAAUUAACCGAUCGCGUAAUUAACAUUAAGAUAAAUUUCUAGCGGAAAAUUUGUAACGACUCACACAUAUGCGUAAUUUAUCCAUAUGUGCCGAAUACGAAUUUUCAACGGUAAAAUUAUCACGAAACGCGAAAAAUAAGUAACAUUGGAAAUAGAUUUUUCUAGCUAUUGUUGAGGCUCAUGACUACGAUGAUGUGUUAUUUUUAACUACUUUUUAAGAGAAUGGACAAUACUCAAUUUAUUGACAAUAGUUAAUCAGAAAGACUAUUCCAGAUAUGUUUUUGUUUCGCGGUCGUUUCGCAAUAUCUGUUGACAUUUAUCUCAACUGUGACUAUGUAUAUAUAUCGUAUGUGAUAGAAAGGAAUCGUACGCCUCUCAUCUUUCUACGAUGAAGAUCCGCGUCUCAGCGAGAAAAGUAUUUGCGUUCUUCAAUGUUGUGAAAUAAUCGUAUAUCCGAUGGAUAAUUUGUCAAUAAAUAAAUUCAUUAUUUUA